UUAACAAGUGGAUCCCCUUUGGAACUAAACAGGCUGAGUGAAGAACAGCGGGUUUUGAACCGUUCCAAAAGAGGCUGGGUUUGGAAUCAAAUGUUCGUCCUGGAAGAGUUUUCUGGACCUGAACCAAUUCUUGCUGGCCGGAAGCUGACUGGGGAAGUGGGUAUCCCUGACGUGAUGUGCUCAGAAAGCAAAGACAUUCUGUUCAAAAAGAGGUCUGCUUGACACAUCUGGUAGGCCAUCGUCAGAAAGACUGCCACUUGGUUGGUGGAAGGGGUGACGCUGCAUUCCCUUGUGCCUACCACAUAACCAAAAAUGAAGGAGAACUACUGUUUACAAGCCGCCCUGGUGUGCCUGAGCAUGCUGUGCCACAGCCAGGCAUUCGCCCUGGAGCGACGAAGCCACCUGCACCCCUCAUUCCAUGGGCACCACGAGAGAGGCAAGGAAGGGCAGGUGUUGCAGCGCUCUAAGAGAGGUUGGGUCUGGAACCAGUUCUUCGUGAUAGAGGAGUAUACCGGGCCUGACCCCGUGCUUGUGGGCAGGCUUCAUUCUGAUCUUGACACUGGUGAUGGGAAGAUUAAAUACAUUCUCUCAGGUGAAGGAGCUGGAACCAUUUUUGUGAUUGAUGACAAAUCAGGGAACAUUCACGCCAUCAAGACACUGGACCGAGAGGAAAAAGCUCAGUAUACACUGAUGGGUCAAGCAGUGGACAGGGAAACGAACCGACCACUGGAGCCGGCUUCCUCAUUCAUUGUCAAGGUCCAGGACAUUAAUGACAACCCGCCGGAGUUUCUACAUGAGAUCUAUUAUGCCAACGUGCCUGAAAGGUCCAAUGUGGGAACAUCGGUGAUUCAGGUGACAGCUUCUGAUGCAGAUGACCCCACCUAUGGGAACAGCGCCAAGUUAGUGUACAGCAUCCUUGAAGGACAGCCUUACUUCUCAGUGGAGGCGCAGACAGGUAUCAUCAGAACAGCCCUCCCCAAUAUGGACAGAGAAGCUAAGGAGGAAUACCAUGUGGUGAUCCAGGCCAAGGACAUGGGCGGACACAUGGGUGGACUCUCAGGAACAACCAAAGUGAUGAUCACCCUGACUGAUGUCAAUGACAACCCACCAAAGUUUCCUCAGAGUGUGUACCAGAUGUCUGUGUCAGAAGCUGCUGUCCCUGGUGAGGAAGUAGGAAGAAUGAAAGCUAAAGACCCAGACAUUGGAGAAAAUGGAUUAGUCACGUACAAUAUUGUUGAUGGAGAUGGUAUGGAAUUGUUUGAAAUCACAACAGACUAUGAAACACAAGAGGGUGUGGUGAAGCUGAAAAAGCCUGUGGAUUUUGAAACCAAAAGAGCAUAUAAUUUGAAAGUAGAGGCUGCCAAUGUGCACUUCGACCCAAAGUUCAUCAUCAAUGGACCUUUCAAGGACACUGUCACUGUCAAGAUUGAUGUGGAAGAUGUUGACGAGCCCCCCAUGUUCUUGGCUCCAAGUUAUAUCCACGAAGUCCAAGAAAAUGCAGCGCCUGGCACUGUGGUUGGGAGAGUGCAUGCCAAAGAUCCUGAUGCAGCCAACAGCCCGAUAAGGUAUUCAAUUGAUCGUCACACUGACCUCGACAGGUUUUUCACUAUUAAUCUAGAGGAUGGUUUUAUUAAAACCACAAAACCUCUGGAUAGAGAAGAAACCGCCUGGCUCAACAUCUCUGUCUUUGCAGCAGAAAUCCACAACCGAGAUCAGGAAACCAAAGUCCCAGUGGCCAUUAGAGUGCUUGAUGUCAACGAUAAUGCUCCCAAGUUUGCUGCCCCCUAUGAAGGCUUCAUCUGUGAGAGUGAUCAGAUCAAACCCCUUUCCAACCAGCCAAUUGUUACAAUUAGCGCAGAAGACAAGGAUGACACUGCCAAUGGACCAAGAUUUAUCUUCAGCCUACCCCCUGAAAUCAUUCACAAUCCAAAUUUCACAGUCAGAGACAACAGAGAUAACACUGCAGGCAUCUAUGCUCAGCAUGGAGGAUUCAGUCGGCAGAAGCAGGACUUAUACCUCCUGCCCAUAGUGAUCAGUGAUGGUGGCAUUCCACCCAUGAGUAGUACCAACACCCUCACCAUCAAAGUCUGUGGGUGCGACGUGAAUGGCGUGCUGCUGUCCUGUAAUGCUGAGGCCUACAUCCUGAAUGCUGGUCUGAGCACAGGGGCACUCAUCGCCAUCCUUGCCUGCAUCGUCAUUCUCCUGGUCAUUGUAGUCUUGUUCGUGACGUUGAGAAGGCAAAAAGAAGAACCACUCAUCGUUUUUGAGGAAGAAGAUGUCCGUGAGAACAUCAUUACUUAUGAUGAUGAAGGAGGUGGUGAGGAAGACACGGAAGCCUUUGAUAUCGCCACCCUCCAGAACCCUGAUGGUAUCAAUGGCUUUAUCCCCCGCAAAGACAUCAAACCUGAGUAUCAGUACAUGCCUAGACCUGGGCUCCGGCCAGCACCCAACAGCGUGGAUGUGGACGACUUCAUCAACACCAAGAUACAGGAGGCAGAUAAUGACCCCACCGCCCCGCCCUAUGACUCCAUCCAAAUCUAUGGCUACGAGGGCAGGGGCUCCGUGGCCGGGUCCCUGAGCUCCUUAGAGUCUGCCACCACAGAUUCAGACUUCGACUAUGACUAUCUACAUAACUGGGGACCUCGUUUUAAGAAAUUAGUAGACUUGUACUGUUCCAAAGACACUUUUGAUGACGACUGUUAACAACAAAGAUACAAAUUUGACCUUAAAGAACUGUCUGGGUUCUCACAAAUCUAGAAGAUGUGUAAACAGGUAUUUUUUUAAAUCAAGGGAAGACUCAUUUAAAACAAGCAAAGUUUUACAGAGAGGAUACAUUUAAUAAAACUGCAAGGACAUCAAAGUGGUAAAUACUGUGAAGUAUCUUUUCCCACAAAAAGGCAAAUAUUGAAGUUGUUUGUCAACCUCACUAGAGAAAAACCACUUGGCAUACAAAAUAUUAAAGUGAAGGAGGAUUCUAACGGUGAACUCACAAUGAAGGGAAAUCAUUUGUGUAUUAUGAACAUCUAAGUCUUUCUUCUUCUUCUUCUUCUUUUUUUAAUUUGUCAAAGAAGCUUCCAGAAAA